AUGACAGAAAAGAUCAUGUUCUUGGCCAUAGCCGCCAUGAUCACAGACAGAACCACCACAACCAUGAUCUGGAAAACGGGCCAGGCCUCCGGCGACACCUCCCCCACUCCCACCGCCACCACCAGCCCAGCCUCAGGUCCCACCACCACCACCGUCCCUGCCUCCGGAGAAACCUCCCCCACUCCCACCGCAACCACCAGCCCGGCCUCCGGCGACACCUCCCCCACCCCCACCUCCACCACCAGCCCGGCCCCGGCCUCCGGCGAAACCUCCCCCAUUCCCACCGCCACCACCGGCCCGGCCUCCGGCGAAACUUCCCCCACUCCCACCGCCACCACCAGCCCGGCCUCCGGAGAAACCUCCCCCACUGCCACCGCCACCACCCGCCCGGCCUCCGGCGAAACCUCCCCCACACCCACCGCCCCCACCGGCCCGGCCUCCGGCGAAACCUCCCCACUCCCUCCCACCGCCACCACCGGCCCGGCGUCCGGCGAAACCUCCCCCACUCCCACCACCACCACCGGCCCGGCCUCCGGCGAAACCUCCCCCACUCCCACCGCCACCACCAGCCCGGCCUCCGGCGAAACCUACCCCACACCCACCGCCACCACCGGCCCGGCCUCCGGCGAAACCUCUCCCACUGCCACUGCCACCACCAGCCCGGCCUCCGGCGAAACCUCCCCCACUCCCACCGCCACCAGCAGCCCGGCCUCUGGCGAAACCUCCCCCACUCCCACCGCCACGACGAGCUCGGUCUCCGGCGAAACCUCCCCCACUCCCACCGCCACAAGCAGCCCGGACUCUGGCGAAACCUCCCCCACUGCCACUGCCACCACCAGCCCGGCCUCCGGCGAAACCUCCCCCACUCCCACCGCCACCACCGGCCUGGCCUCCGGCGAAACCUCCCCCACUCCCACCGCAACCACCAGCCAGGCCUCCGGCGAAACCUCCCCCACUCCCACCGCCACCACCUGCCCGGCCUCCGGCGAAACCUCCCCCACUCCCACCGCCACCACCAGCCCGGCCUCUGGCGAAACCUCCCCCACUCCCACCGCCACCACCGGCCCGGCCUCCGGCCAAACCUCCCCCACUCCCACCGCCACCACCAGCCCGAUCUCUGUCAAAACCUCCUCCACUCCCACCACCGUCACCACCAGCUCGGUCUCCGGCGAAACCUCCCCCACUCCCACCGCCACCACCGGCCCGGCCUCCAGCGACACCUCCCCCACUCCCACCGCCACCACCAGCCCGGCCUCUGGCGAAACCUCCCCCACUGCCACCGCAACCACCAGCCCAGUGUCCGGCGAAACCUCCCCCACUCCCACCGCCACCACCGGCCCGGCCUCCGGCGAAACCUCCGCCACUCCCACCACCACAACCAGCCUGGCCUCCGGCGACACCUCCCCCACUCCCACAGCCACCACCAGCCCGGGCUCCGGCGAAACCACCCCCACUCCCACUGCCACCACCGGCCCGGCCUCCGGCGAAAUGUCCCCCACUCCCACCGCCACCACCGGCCCGGCCUCCGGCGAAACCUCCCCCACUCCCACCGCCACAAGCAGCCCGGCCUCCAGAAACACCUCCCCAACUCCCACCGCCACCACCAGCCCGGAAACCUCCCCCACUCCCACCGCCACCACCCGCCCGGCCUCCGGCGAAACCCCCACCGCCACGACGAGCUCGGUCUCCGGCGAAAGCUCCCCCACUCCCACCGCCACGACGAGCUCGGUCUCCGGCGAAAGCUCCCCCACUCCCACCGCCACAAGCAGCCCGGACUCUGGCGAAACCUCCCCCACUGCCACUGCCACCACCAGCCCGGCCUCCGGCGAAACCUCCCCCACUCCCACCGCCACCACCGGCCCGGCCUCCGGCGAAACCUCCCCCACUCCCACCGCCACCACCAGCCCGGCCUCCGGCGACACCUCCUCCACUUCCACCGCCACCACCAGCCCGAUCUCUGUCAAAACCUCCCCCACUCCCACCACCGCCACCACCAGCUCGGGCGAAACCUCCCCCACUCCCACCGCCACCACCGGCCAGGCCUCCGGCGAAACCUCCCCCACACCCACCGCCACAACCGGCCCGGCCUCCGCUGCCACUGCCACCACCAGCCUGGCCUCUGGCGAAACCUCCCCCACUGCCACCGCAACCACCAGCCCGGUGUCCGGCGAAACCGAAACCUCCCCCACUCCCACCGCAACCACCGGCCCGGCCUCCGGCGAAACCUCCCCCACUGCCACUGCCACCACCAGCCCGGCCUCCGGCGAAACCUCCCCCACUUCCACCGCAACCACCAGCCCGGCGUCCGGUGAAACCUCCCCCACUCCCACUGCCACCACCAGCCCGCCCUUCGGCGAAACCUCGCCCACUCCCAACGCCACUACCAGCCCGGCCUCCGCCUCCAUCGAAAACUCCCCCACUUCCACGGCCAUCACCAGCGCAGCCUCUGGCGAAACCUCCCCCACUUCCACCGCAAGCACCAGCCCGGCCUCCGGCGAAACCUCCCCCACUCCCAGCGCCACCACCGGCCCGGCUUCCGGAGAAACCUCCCCCACUCCCACCGCAACAACCAGAUCUGCCUCCAGCGGCACCUCCGCCACUCCCACCGCUACUACUAGCCCGACCUCUGGUGAAACCUCCCCCACUCCCACCGCCACCACCAGCCUGGCCUCUGGCGAAACCUCCCCCACUCCCACCGCCUCCACCAGCCCGGCCUUCGACGAAACCUCCCCCACUCCCACCGCCACCACCAGCCCGGCCUCCGACGAAACCUCCGCCACUCCCACCGCCACCACCAGCCCGGCCUCCGGUGUAACCUCCCCCACUCCCACCGCAACCACGAGCCUGGCCUCCGGCGAAAACUCCCCCACUCCCACGGCCACCACCAGCCCAGCCUCUGGCGAAACCUCCCCCACUCCCACCGCAAGCACCAGCGCGGCCUCCGGCGAAACCUCCCCCACUCGCACCGCCACCACCAGUCCGGCAUCUGGCGAAACCUCCCCCACUCCCACUGCCACCACCAGCCCGACCUCCGGCGAAACCUCCCCCACUCCCACCGCCACCACCAGCCCGGCCUCCGGCGAAACCUCCCCCACUCCCACCGCCACCACCAGCCCCGCCUCCGGCGACACUUCCCCCACUCCCACCGCCACCACCAGCCCGGCCUCAGGCGAAACCUCCCCCACUCCCACCGCCACGACGAGCUCGGUCUCCGGCGAAACCUCCCCCACUCCCACCGCCACCACCAGCCCGGCCUCCGGUGACACCUCCCCGACUCCAACCGCCACCACCAGCCCGGCCUCCGGCGACACCUCCCCGACUCCCACCGCCACCACCAGCCCAGCCUCCGGCGAAACCUCCCCCACUCCCACCGCCACCACCGGCCCGGCCUCCGGCGACACUUCCCCCACUCCCACCGCCACCACCAGCCCGGCCUCUGGCGAAACCUCCCCCACUCCCACCGCCACGACGAGCUCGGUCUCCAGCGAAACCUCCCCCACUCCCACCGCCACCACCAGCCCGGCCUCCGGCGACACCUCCCCGACUCCUGCCACCGCCACCACCAGCCCGGCCUCCGGCGAAACCUCCCCGACUCCCACCGCCACGACGAGCUCUGCCUCCGGCGAAACCUCCCCCACUCCUACUGCAACCAGCAGCCCGGCCUCUGGUGAAACCUCCCCUACGGCCAGUGCAACGACCAGCCCGGCCUCCGGUGUAACCUUCCCCACUCCCACCGCCACCACCAGCCCAGCCUCCGGUGUAACCUUCCCCACUCCCACCGCCACCACCAGCCCGGCCUCCGGAGAAACCUCCCCCACUCCUACUGCAACCAGCAGCCCGGCCUCUGCCACCACCAGCCCGACUCCCGGCGACACCUCCCCCACUCCCACCGCCACCAUCACCAGCCCGGCGUCCGGUGAAACCUCCUCUACUCCUACCGCAACCAGCAACCCGGCCUUCGGUGAAACCUCCCCCACGGCCAGCGCAACGACUAGCCCGGCCUCCGGUGAAACCUCCCACACUCCCACUGCCACCACCAGCCCGGCUUCCGGUGAAACCUCCCCCACUCCUCCCACCAGCAGUCCGGCCUCCGGGGACACCUCCACCAGUCCCGGUGUGACCACGGCCUCCGGGGACACCUCCACCACUCCCGGUGUGACCACGGCCUCCAGUACCAUGUCCACCUCUUCUGCCGCCACUACGAUGACCUCCGAUACCACCACCACCACAGCCCCUGGCACCACCUCCACCUCUCCCACCACCUCAACACAGAGCUCAACUCCCACACCAUCCAUCUCUUCAGCUGUACCUGCAGUCGAUUGCCAGAAUGGGGGAACCUACGAUGAAACCUACAAGAAAUGCCUCUGCAAGAGUGAAUUCAACGGGCCGCUCUGCCAGUUUGCCAACGAAGUGAUAGCCACCAACGUGAGUACAAUCAAGGCUGAGGUGGACGUUCAAGUGAAGGUGACCAACCAGAACUUCACGGAGGAGCUGAACAAUAAAUCCUCUGCAGUUUAUAUUACGUUCGAGAACAAUUUCAAAGAGCAGAUGAAGAUGGUGUACAAGGGCGUGACUGGGUACCAGGGCGUUGUCAUCCUGAACCUGAGGCAGGGCAGCAUUGUGGUUGACCACAGCGUGACCAUCGAGGUCCCCCUGAGCAACAAACUCGACGCCACGUUGGAGUCCGUCACCAGUCAGGUGGUGAAGCAGCUGGAGGUCAUCAACACGACGACGGGGAACUGCGCAGACAAGCUCUGCUUCACGGCUCCACCCAACCCGGUCCUCAAAAACGCCACCACCAGCUUCUCGGCGGCAGAUACCUGCAGGCAGAGCGUCCCCCAGGACUUCGCCCAGUACUACUUCCCGAACAUCACCGAGAAGGGCACCCUGAACUGCGUCACCCGGUGCUCCCAGGACCUGCCAAAUUCCCUGCACUGCAACUACGGGCAGUGCCAGCUGAGGAGCUCCGGGCCCCAGUGCAUCUGCGCCAACACGGAUGUGUUCUGGUACCCGGGUGAUCGCUGCCAAACCCGUGUCAGUAAGGUGGGCGUGGGCAUGGCAGUUCCCCUGGUCGUCCUGUUCAUCGCCGGCAUCGUCCUCGCCGCCUUCCUGGUCAAGGCCAGGAGACGGGGGUCCAAAGCCAGCCUGAACAGCUCUGUGGAGCAUCUGGAGGAUUACGAGGAGGAAAUGAGCAUCUCUGGCGGCGUCAUCAUCAAGAACGAAGGAGCCUCGUACAACGGCAGCGGCAGCAGAGGGACCUUCAGCCCUCACCUCUCGGCCGUGGACCCCGCCAUCCCGAACUUUAACAGCUCCACGGCCUGCCGGAACGGGGGCACUCCUGUCGGCAUUGGCUGCCUCUGCCCACCCGGGUAUGCUGGGGCCCGGUGUGAGAGUGAGGGCAACGCCACAGCCUGCCAGAACGAUGCCACGGCCCUGGGAACGGAGUGCAUCUGCGCACACGGAUACUGGGGCUCCUUCUGCGAGAAUGAGGACAACACCACCAUGUGCUUGAAUGGCGGCACGCCAGUCGGAACGGCUUGCAAAUGUCCACCCACCUACUGGGGACUGCGCACCUCCACUGUACCCACCACCACCUCCACUGACACGACUACACUCACCACCAUCUCCACUGACACAACUACCCUCACCACCACCUUCACUGUACCCACUGCAACCUCCACUGACACAACUACCCUCACUACCACCUCCACUACACCCACUGCCACCUCUAAUGACACGACUACCCUCACCAGCACCUCCACUGUACCCACCACCACCUCCACUGACACGACUACACUCACCACCAUCUCCACUGACACAACUACCCUCACCACCACCUCUAUUGUACCCACUGCAACCUCCACUGACACGACUACAAUCACCACCACCUCCAUUCUACCCACCACCACCUCCACUGACACGACUACCCUCACCAUCACCUCCACUGACACAACUACAAUCACCACCACCUCUAUUUGCGCUCCCGGCCUUGACAAGGUGCGCAUGGCCUCCCUCCGUUACCGGGUCUAUGGAUUACGCCCCGGACUCUUCGCCCAAAGGAUGAAGACACUUUGGGUCCCCCUGCUCCUCGCCCACCUGGCAUCCUCCGUCUCUUCGGCAGGGCUCAGAGGCAGAUGGAGGGCAGAAACCAAGGAGAUGGGAGGAGAAACGGCAGGCCAGGGCUGGGAGGCCGGGAUUCCUGCAGACGAAAGAAGAGGUGAUGGACACAGCCUCCCUCUCGACAUGAGGUUCCUGGCUAUGAGCUCCGGGCAGCCGACAAAGGGAGAGGACAGUGUGGGUAACGCCAAAGGAGCCGGCACAGACAACACCACCGGCAUUCUGGGUGUGGCAGCGACAUGCCAGAACGGGGGAACGCCCAACGGCACGGAGUGUAUCUGCCCACGGGGCUGGUGGGGCGACAUCUGCGAGUGCUACGACCCAGCCACGGCCUGCCAGAACGGAGGCACGGCCAUCGGCCGCAUUUGCUUCUGUCCCCCGGGCUACGGCGGGGAGCGCUGCGACUGCAGGGACACCUGCCAGGCCUGCCAGAACGGGGGAACGCCAGUGGGCAUGGAAUGCACCUGCCCCCCCGGCUACGGCGGGCCACGGUGUGAAACCUCCACCCCCACCAGCACGGCCACCACCUCCUCCACCUCCACCCCCACCAUCACGGACACCACCACCCCCACCUCCACCCCCACCAGCACGGCCACCACCUCCUCCAUCUCCACCCCCACCAGCACGGCCACCACCUCCUCCACCUCCACCCCCACUAGCACGGUCACCACCACACCCACCUCCACCCCCACCAGCACGGUCACCACCACCCCCACCUCCACCCCCACCUCCACCCCCACCAGCACGGCCACCACCUCCUCCACCUCCACCCCCACCAGCACGGCCACCACCUCCUCCACCUCCACCCCCACCAGCACAGUCACCACCUCCUCCACCUCCACCCCCACCAGCACAGUCACCACGUCCUCCACCUCCACCCCCACCAGCACGGCCACCACCUCCACCCCCACCAGCACGGCCACCACCUCCUCCACCUCCACCCCCACCAGCACGACCACCACCUCCACCCCCACCACCCCCACCAGCACAGUCACCACGUCCUCCACCUCCACCCCCACCAGCACGGCCACCACCUCCACCCCCACCAGCACGGCCACCACCUCCUCCACCUCCACCCCCACCAGCACGACCACCACCUCCACCCCCACCAGCACGGUCACCACCUCCACCACCUCCACCCCCACCAGCACGGCCACCACCUCCACCACCUCCACCCCCACCAGCACAGUCACCACGUCCUCCACCUCCACCCCCACCAGCACGGCCACCACCUCCACCUCCACCAGCAUGACCACCACCUCCACCCCCACCAGCACGGCCACCACCUCCUCCACCUCCACCCCCACCAGCACGGUCACCACCACCCCCACCAGCACGGCCACCACCUUCUCCACCUCCACCCCCACGAGCACAGUCACCACCUCCUCCACCCCCACAACCACCACCUCCACUCCCACCACCACGCCCACCAGCACGGCCACCACCUCCUCCACCUCCAUCCUCACCAGCACGGAAACCACCUCCUCCACCUCCACCCCCACCAGCACGGCCACCACCUCCAUCCUCACCAGCACGGAAACCACCUCCUCCACCUCCACCCUAACCAGCAUGGCCACCACCUCCUCCACCAUCACCCCCAACAUCACGACCACCACCUCCUCCACCUCCACCCCCACCAGCACGACCUCCACCCCCACCAGCACAGUAACCACCUCCACCCCCACCACCACCAGCACCACAGUCGUCACGACCUCCUCCACCUCCACCCCCACCAGCACGGUCACGACCUCCUCCACCUCCACCCCCACCAGCACAGUCACCACCUCAUCCACCUCCACCCCCACCAGCACAGUCACCACCUCCUCCACCUCCACCCCCACCAGCACAGCCACCACCUCCUCCACCUCCACCCCCACCAGCACGGUCACGACUACCCCCACCUCCACCACCACCAUCACGGCAACCACCUCCUCCACCUCCACGCCCACCAGCACGACCACCACCUCCACUCCCACCACCACACCCACCAGCACGGCCACCACCACCUCCACCUCCACCCCCACCAGCACAGCCACCACCUCCCCCACCACCACCCGCACAAGCACGGCCACCACCUCCUCCACCUCCACCCCCACCAGCACAGUAACCACCACCCCCACAUCCACGCCCACCAGCACGACCACCACCUUCUCCACCUCCACCCCCACCAGCACGGAAACCACCUCCUCCACCUCCACCCCCACCAGCACGGUCACCACCACCCCCACCUCCACCCCCACCAGCAUGGUCACCACCACCUCCACCUCGACCCCGAACAGCACGGUCACCACCUCCUCCACCUCCACCCCCACCAGCACGGCAACCACCACCCCCACCUUCACCCCCACAAGCACGACCACCACCUCCUCCACCUCCACCCCCACCAGCACGGAAACCACGUCCUCCACCACCACCACCACCAGUACGACCACCACCUCCACUCCCACCACCACCCCCACCAGCACGGCCACCACCUCCUUCACCUCCACCCCCACCAGCACGGUCACCACCACCUCCACCUCCACCCCGACCAGCACGGUCACCACCUCCCCAACCUCCACCCCCACCAGCACGGUCACCACCACCUCCACCUCGACCCCGACCAGCACGGUCACCACCUCCUCCACCUCCACCCCCACCAGCACGGCAACCACCACCCCCACCUCCACCCCCACAAGCACGACCACCACCUCCUCCACCUCCACCCCCACCAGCACGGCCACCACCUCCUCCACCUCCACCCCCACCAGCACGGAAACCACCACAGUAACCACCUCCUCCACCUCCACCCCCACCAGCACGACCACCACCUCCCCUCCCACCACCACCCCCACCAGCAUGGAAACCACCUCCUCCACCUCCACCCCCACCACCACGGCCACCACCUCCACGCCCACCAGCACGACCACCACCUCCUCCACCUCCACCCUAAGCAGCACGGUCACCACCUCCUCCACCUCCACCCCCACCAGCACGGCCACCACCUCCUCCACCUCCACCCCAACCAGCACGGUCACCACCACCCCCACAUCCACCCUCACCAGCACGACCACCACCACCCCCACAUCCACCCCCACCACCACGGUCACCACCUCCUCCACCUCCACCCCAACCAGCACGGCCACCACCACCCCCACCACCUCCUCCACCUCUACCCCCACGACCACGGUCACCACCACCGCCACCAGCACAGCCACCACCUCCUCCACCUCCACCCCCACCAGCAUGGUCACGACCUCCUCCACCUCCACCCCCACCAGCACAGUCACCACCUCCUCCACCUCCACCCCCACCAGCACAGCCACCACCUCCUCCACCUCCACCCCCACCAGCACGGUCACGACCACCCCCACCUCCACCACCACCAUCACGGCAACCACCUCCUCCACCUCCACGCCCACCAGCACGACCACCACCUCCACUCCCACCACCACACCCACCAGCACGGCCACCACCACCUCCACCACCACCCCCACCAGCACAGCCACCACCUCCCCCACCACCACCCGCACCAGCACGGUUUCCUGCCAGAAUGGUGGCACGCACAAUGGGAUUGAGUGCAUCUGCGGCCCUGGUUUCUUUGGUCCUCUGUGUGCCUCUGAAGACCCCAGCAAGGCCUGCCAGAAUGGCAGCACUCCCAUUGGCACCAAAUGCAUCUGCCCACCGGGUCACUACGGAGAACUGUGUGAAUUCUAUAAUGCCUCCAGCGACUGCCAGAAUGGGGGCACCCCGGUGGGAAUCGAGUGCCUCUGCCCACCUGCGCACGAUGGCCACCGGUGUGAACUGAAUAUCAGCACCGCCGGUCCCACCACUACCAGGCCUCCUACCACCUCACCUGUCACCUCCACCCCAAGCACUGUGUCCCUUCCCACCACAUCCCAGAAAACCACCACGACCACCACGCCACGUAGCACCACGACCACCCCCCAAAGUACCACCACCACCACCACCCGAAGUACAACUACGCAGGAUGCCACCCCCAUCUGUGAGAACGGGGGAACCUGGAUAAACGGUGAAUGCCGAUGCACGUCCAGUUUCCAGGGAAACAAGUGCCAAUACGCCGCGGAAGUCAUUGAGGUCAAAGCCGAGGUGAACGUAACCGUGGACGUGAAGCUUCAGGUCACCAGCCAAAAAUUCACCCCUGAGCUGGCGGACGACACAACUCAAGAAUACAAAAAGUUUACCUUCGACUUCAAACUGCAGAUGAAGGUCGUUUACAGCAAAGUCCUGGGGUACAAAGACGUGGAGAUCCUGAAACUGACGCAGGGCAGCGUCGUGGUGGAUCACAUUGUCAUCCUGGCUUUACCCGUCACCGAGGAACUCAACAAAACCUUUGAGGAAGUGGCCGGGCAGCUGAUGACACAGAUAGAGACGGCGGCUGAGAACCAGGACUGCAACAGCAGCUCCUCCACGAUGUGUUUCAACGCCUCCUCCGCUAAUGUCUCCAAGGGGAUAAUGCCAACGUUCAACGGCGCCGAGUACUGCCAGAAAAUUGCCCCCAAAGGCUACGAGCAGUUCUACUUCCCUAAUUUCACCAAGUCCGGCUUCUCCUGCGUCUCCAACUGCACCAAGGGCGCGCCGGGCUUCAUCAACUGCAACUACGGGCAGUGCCAGCUGACGCGAGCCGGCCCCCAGUGCAUCUGCUCCGAGCAGGAGUUGUACUGGUACCCCACGGAGCGCUGCACCACCCGCGUCAGUAAAUUGGGCGUCGGUCUGGGCGUGGCCAUCGCAGUGCUGGUGAUCGUGAGCGCCGUCCUUGGCAUCUUUCUGUUCAGAGCCAAGAGGGUGAAAACCCACUUGAGCCUGCACUCCGACGACACGGAUGUCGAGAAGUGGUACGAGAACGACUACAAUGAGUGGAACACCGCCGGGAGCUUCUGCAUCCGGAACGAAGGAGCCGACACAGGCUCGGACGGCACCGGCUCCUUCAGGGUUAACAUGGAAUCCAUCGACGCCUCUCUCCCGGUGCACAUCCAGAGGCCGGAGAUUGUCGUGACCCAGCUGUGA